GCCUACACGCUGAGGAUGCUGACACAUGCUUCACUGUGCGUCCCAAGCACCCCCUUUAAAGGGCCAAGCCCCCUGGAUGCCGGCCAGCCUCUGGGCCCCCAGAGGGUCCCUGGUGCUGAGCAGAGCCCCCCACCCCAAGUUUGAUGGGCUGCACUCUCUCACAGGGAGGGACAGACACUGGUAACCAGUGACAUGGGGGUGACAGGUUCAAGGACACAGUGACAUGCUCAGUGACACAUCUUGACCCAGGCUGUCAGUGUAGGAGACGUGUUGGAGACCAUCUGGUCCUUCCUGCCCGUUUCACCAGAGAAGGGCAGGGACUUGUCCAGGGUCUCCUGGUGGCAAGGACAGCUAGGACAGGAACCCAGGCCAGAGUUCUUACAGACACACACAGGUAUGCAUGCCCAGACAUCUCUCUCUCUCUCUCUCUCUUUUUCUCGCGCGCUCUCUCUCUCUCUCUCUCUCUCUCUCUCUCUCUCUCACACACACACACACACACACACACACACACACACACACACACACACACACACACACACACACGAGCCCUUACCCUCGGAGGUUUGGAGCUGGUGACAGCACGGAGAGGAAGGAAGCACUGCGGGGGGCUGGGAGUGAGGGGCCCAGCUGUCCUGCAGCCCUUCGGCCACACCUGCCCCUGUCUGUCUCGCAGGGAAACCUGUCAAGCCGCCUGACAUUGUUCCACCUCCUGCUCUGCUGCCCCUCCCCCAACAGCAGCCCCCCAGGCCGAAAUGAGUUGAUCGCACGGUAUAUUAAAUUGAGGACGGGAAAGACUCGGACAAGAAAACAGGUGUCCAGCCACAUACAGGUUCUAGCUCGGAAGAAGGUGCGGGAGUACCAGGUUGGCAUCAAGGCCAUGAACCUGGACCAGGUCUCCAAGGACAAAGCCCUCCAGAGCAUGGCGUCCAUGUCCUCUGCCCAGAUUGUCUCAGCCAGCGUCCUACAGAACAAGUUCAGCCCACCCUCCCCUCUGCCCCAGGCCGUCUUCUCCACUUCCUCUCGGUUCUGGAGCAGCCCCCCUCUCCUGGGACAGCAGCCUGGACCCUCUCAGGACAUCAAGCCCUUUGCACAGCCAGCCUACCCCGUCCAGCCACCCCUGCCGCCGACGCUCAGCAGUUAUGAGCCCCUGGCCCCGCUCCCCUCAGCUGCUGCCUCUGUGCCUGUGUGGCAGGACCGCACCAUCGCCUCCUCCCGGCUGCGGCUCCUCGAAUAUUCCGCCUUCAUGGAGGUGCAGCGCGACCCUGACACGUACAGCAAACACCUGUUUGUGCACAUCGGCCAGACGAAUCCCGCCUUCUCAGACCCGCCCCUGGAGGCAGUGGAUGUGCGUCAGAUCUACGACAAGUUUCCCGAGAAGAAGGGUGGCCUGAAGGAGCUCUAUGAGAAGGGGCCCCCUAACGCCUUCUUCCUCGUCAAGUUCUGGGCCGACCUCAACAGCACCAUCCAGGAGGGCCCGGGCGCCUUCUACGGGGUCAGCUCCCAGUACAGCUCGGCCGACAGCAUGACCAUCAGCGUCUCCACCAAGGUGUGCUCCUUUGGCAAGCAGGUGGUGGAGAAGGUGGAGACCGAGUACGCCAGGCUGGAGAACGGGCGCUUCGUGUACCGCAUCCACCGCUCGCCCAUGUGCGAGUACAUGAUCAACUUCAUCCACAAGCUCAAGCACCUGCCCGAAAAGUACAUGAUGAACAGCGUCCUAGAGAACUUCACCAUCCUGCAGGUGGUCACGAGCCGGGACUCCCAGGAGACCUUGCUCGUCAUUGCUUUCGUCUUUGAAGUCUCCACCAGCGAGCACGGGGCCCAGCACCACGUCUACAAACUCGUCAAAGACUAGGGUGCCCUCCGCCCCCACCACCACAAUCCAGGACGAGCAUCUUCUCCACACACCUGCCUGGCACCCCUAGGGGUCCAGGAUUGAGGACUCAUCCACCUGCCAGGCCUCAGGCCCAGCACCCAGGAGGCCUCCCCAUCUACCCUGCACACACACUCCCUGCCACUGUUCUGCGCUUUAACUGAGGGAGAAGAGAGGAGAGCUCAGCGGUGGGGCAGCCUGGCGGUUACGCUGACCACCGUACCCAGCUCUGCCCAGCCUCGAAAGACUGGGAGGACACCUUUGAGCCCAGGCACCCAUGGCCGCUGGCCCCUCACGGGACUGUGACGGGCAGGUGAGGGCAGAAUGGAGACCAAGGGAACCGGAGUGCAGAGGCCCCAGAAGGGGAGUGUUCAGUUGGGGUCAAGUUGAGAAGAAGAAAGAGGAGCCCACACUUUCUGUGCGCCUGCUGUGUGCCAGGCCUCAUGCAGGCCCCCAAGUGCCUUGUGCCAUCCUCAGACCCUGCACGGCAAGCGUGUGGCUCGCUAUCUCAGUGGAGGGACCUGUGGGAGGGGUGGGCGGAGUUGGAGUCCUCCCCCGGCGCUGCCUGUCCCUAGAGCCCAGGUUUAUGCUACCUCCCUGGAGUGGGGGCUGGCCACGGGGGCAGGAGGGAGGGUCUGCACUGAGGGGCCAGCCGGCUGGAUUGGGGGCCUGAACAGACCACCUCCUUCCAGAGCACGGGGGACUCCUGUGCGGCCCUCAGAGCUGCCGGACCCAGGUCCAGUCCCGAGCCACCCAGCAGCCUCCUGAUGGGCGAAGGCUUCCAGGGGCAGGCCCAGGCCUGAAGCAGGCUGGAGGGUCAGGUGGGAGGAUGAAGUCCCAGCCCCUGGGCAGGCCACUGGCCCAGGGACAAGGGGUAGCGGAAAAGUUUGGCAUUUUCUCUUGCCUAAGACUUGCGUCUGGUGGUGAACCCUCGGGGGGCACCUGUCCCUUCUGUUUUCCCCACCUCAGUCUCUCUGGCCUGGAGCAGCAGCUCCCCACACCCCGUUCUGGGAUUGAAGGUUAACCCUUCCCUGGCAGCCCCUUCUCAAUACCCAGGCUCCUCGGCCCCCAGCCCCGUCCUCCCGCUGCCCGUGGGUAUUUAUGAGUUUCGUAUGAAGUACUGUGCCCCUUCCUCCCCCGGCCCGGCCGCCCCUGAGCUUCCUGAAGGUCCUCACAGUUUGCAUAUCGCUCAGGCCACCUCCAAACCCAACCUAGGUUUUAUAAUGUAUAUUAUAUAUUUGUUGUGUAUUUUUUAAAUCCAGCUGUGAUGGGUUAUAUCAUAAAUGUGGCGCAAGGCUGGCGCAGGGGCCCUCAAGGCCCAGCUCCUGCUUAAAAAAAAAAAUUAAAGUUAUUUGUUUGUGGGUUA